CUGGCCGACAGGGGGCGCUGCAGUUGUUUCAUUCAUCCGUCUUCUGGACGUCAACAACGCGGCGAGUGCCAACAGCAGCCGGUAUGUUUUCCACUCUGAAUAAGAAAGUCGGACAAGUUUUGUUACCAGGAGAUGAGUUCUGUUGCGAGGCAGAGGACACCAUCUCUCUGACGGGCAGCGCGAAGCCGGAGCGGGCGGUGUGCGGGCCGGGCCUGCGGUGGAGCGGAGACCGACUGCUGGUGUCCAAGAGCGGCGUGCUGAGGCAUAAACCUCCGCAUACGUUCUGGAUCGACUCCCAGCAGAGGAGGUAUGUCCCUGCCAAAGGAGAGAUGGUCAUCGGCAUUGUGACUUCCAAAUCUGGAGAUGUCUUCAAAGUGGACUUUGGAGGAAGCGAGCAGGCGUCUCUGUCCUACCUGGCGUUUGAGGGAGCCACCAAGAGGAACAGACCCAAUGUCCAGGUGGGUGACCUGGUGUUUGCUCAGUUCAUCAUAGCCAAUAAAGACAUGGAGCCGGAGCUGGUGUGCAUCGACGGCGCGGGACGAGCUAACGGGAUGGGAGUGUUCGGAGCAGGAGGUUUGGUCUUCAAAGUCUCUCUGGGACUUGUCAGAAGACUGCUGUCCCCCCAGAGCGACAUCCGGUCCGACUUGGAGCAGCUGUUCCCCUGUGAGCUGGUGGUGGGGAUGAACGGCCAGGUUUGGGUCAGGGCCGCCAGCAUCCAGCAGACCCUGAUCGUGGCCAACCUGCUGCAGAGCUGCGACACCAUGACAGCACAGCAGAGGCAGCAGCUUUUCAGGAAAGUCCAGCAGGGGGCGCUGUAGACGAGGACCACAUGCUGAUUCCCAUCACAACUCUGAGCCCCGCGUGAACUUGGUCUUUGUUUAGGUGCACGCCUGUGGGGCUGGGCCACAGAUGUAAGAGAAGAUUCCAUGUCCCAAAGGGCUGGAAGUCAGCUGACCAACAGUCAUCACUGAUCAGUUUCUUCUGAUCAAUCAGUGUGAUCAGUUUGUUGAUCCACUGAGAACAAACACAGCAGCUCAUAAGAGACAGUCAAUCAAAGGAGCGUGUAUCCACGGAGAUGUGUAACCAUGGAGACGUAUAACCAUGGCACUUUUCAUCAGUUGGAACGUUUUUGUUUUCGGUGGGAUCAAUAAAACUGAAUUCUGUCA